AUGGAGAACUCGAGGAACACGGACCUCAGGCCAGGAGAUGAAAACCCUAACUCUACUUCUUCUUCGACUACCGCCGGUGAUGAAUCCUUGACGGGGCCGCCACCAUCGCCGUCCUCAGCCAACCCAUCCUCCACACUCAGCCAAAUCGACGCCGACUUCGAAUUCGCUUGCAUGCUUCAUGAACUGGAGAACUCGAGGAGCGCCGAGAUAAGCACUGAACCUGGGCCAGGUGAUGAAAACGAUGGCCUUUCUUCUUCUUCUUCGAUUACCGGCGGUGCUGAAUCCUCGCCGCCGCUGCCGGAGUCCUCAGAUACCUCUUCCUCCAGACUCAGCCAAAUCGACGAAGACUAUGCCCUCGCCUGCAUGCUUCAACAACGGGAGAGGGUGUUGAUGAUGCUGAGGAAUGAUGGUGAGUUUGAGGAUGAGCAGCCUUCUGGUGAAGGUGGUCAGGAGGAGGGUGGGGUUUCCACAGAAGAGCUUGAUGCCCAUCCGGAACAGCUUGGUGGGGGUUUGGGGCAUGCUUUGGAUCUUUUUGAAGCCGAAGUGAUGCAGGCGGCCUUGCAGCUUAUGAGUUCCUCCAGAUUGGAUGAAUGGAGAACAAUGAGUCAAAUGAUUCAACCCAACUUAAAUUUUCAGGGCAAUCGGCAAUAUCCUGAUUUUAAUAACCCAUCAUAUGAGGAGCUCAGUGAAUUGUGUGAGAUGGUUGGAAGUGUGAACAAAGGUCUUUCUAAGAACAAAAUUUUAUCUUUGCCUUCAAUCAGUUACAAGUCUGCAGAAAAUGGCUCAACUGACCAAUGUGUUAUUUGCCUGUUGAAUUUUGAGGAUGGCGAUUCCUUGGUUUCAUUAUCAUGUGAGCAUUUAUAUCACCGUGAUUGUAUUCGUAAGUGGCUGCUGACAAACAAGGUGUGCCCUAUUUGCAAUGCAGAAGUCAAUUUGCCAUAGAAAUGGGCAGCAAGUUUAACUUCUGAGAUGCUUGGUUCAGGGAGAAUUGUGUCCUUUUUUGUCUCUAUAGUAUAUAAAUCAGUAAUAGUGUUUUUUUUAAAAUUUUUUUAUUUUGUCCAUAGGAUAAAGAUAAAUACAUGGCAUAAGCUCAACUGUGUUAUAACUGUAAAAGUUCAUUUUAGGUGACAGUUGCUUUGUAUUUAUAAAUUCCUCAUUCAUGUUACUGUUACCAGUAACUUAUUGUUUGAGUAUAACCUAUUCU